AGGAAUAAAGAGUAAUGAAAAUAAAAUAAAAUAAAAUAAAAGAAAAAUAAAAUAAAAAUGAAUAACAAAACAAUGAAACAGUAGCUUUCUUCUCCAUCUCGGUUUUUCUUCACAAAAUGACCCACCCAUGAAUUUCCAACUCUAAAAUGAUUUAUUUUGCACAAACAAACUCAACCUCCAUUAAAAACCACAAUUCAAUCUAAACCCAUCCAAAAAUCUGAUAUUUAUCAAACAACCCACCCAUGGAUUUCUAAAAUCAAAAUGAGUUUCUUGCAUACAAUCAAACUAUCUUCAAAUAAAUUUUCAUACUCAACCCGAAACAUCCAAUAACCCAUUUUUGAUAAUUCAACUCCUUUGGGCAGAAAUUGAAACUCAACCAUGGCUAUAAAUAGCCAUGUUCAUCUCCUCAAACCAUUCACUCAAACCACUUGAGUUUUCGUCGGAAAACCGCCACCCAAAUCACCCUCAAAUUCCCCUGUUUUUCGCAACUCUCUCUCUCCUCUGUUUUCGUUCAGCCACCGUAGCACUGCCACCCUCCACCGAAUACCACCUUGCGCCAACCACCACACCUUCGCCUACCCAGCCGCCCUUUUCCGUCGCCCUCAUCAUCUCUCUCUCUCGCUCAGCUUCUCUCUUCCUCGCCCAAUUCGUUCUCUCUCUCCUCUGCCUGGUCUGCUGCGCGCACCGCCAGAACCACCAUGCCCCGCGCUAUCCCGCCGUGCCUUCAGUUCUUCGCUGCCUCGCCUCGCCUCGCCGGAGCUUCGCUCUUCCCCCCUGCUGUCUGGUUCGACGUAAAGCAGAGAUUAAACGGAAAGGAUAUUACAGCCUCCCCCGGCUUUCAAGGUUAUUAAGCAGGAAUCCAGGUAUGAGCAUAGCCAUUGCAAGUGCGCUGUUAAUAAGGAACAUGUUCAAGGGAAAGUGUGCGGUAUCUGGUGUUAGAGAAAUCAUUAUUUAAGUCGAGUAUUUAUGUAUAUUUAUCAAGGACUAUUUAAGGUUUCAUUGUAUUAGUGGGCCAUAUCCCACAGGCUUAAGUUCCAUUUCCGCUGCUAAGUAUGAGAAAUUGUGUUUAAUUGAGGUUAUGAAUUUUCGGGGCGUUACAAUAGCAGACUGUUGGGAUUGCUUAUUCGGCGAGACGCGACGCUCAACGUUGGUUAUUCGUUUUCCGGAUCGUAAACGUCAUCCGAUUCUUCUACCACUUCCAUCUGCAGCCAUCCGAGGGUCGAAUCUGCCAUCAUAAGCACUGACCAGCGACACCCCCCUUCCUAAGCGACUUUUUAUCAGUUUUACUUAUUUUGGUAUUAGAUGAAAUGCACGAGCUCAUAAAGCUCAUUUAAGUUUGUUUGUUUGGUUUA